AUGGGGAAGCCCAGACCGCAAAAGAAGAAGUCAUCUAAGUCCCGCACGAAAUCCGUCCUCGGCCCUGGUGGCUCGAUCUCGAAACCCAAAAUGUCCCAAGACCCCUCUACAUUACUCGACCAAGCCACGAUCCUCCUCCAGACGGGUCGAGCAGAUGAGGCACUGCCAACAGCACAGCAGGCGCUAGACUUGGCCGCCGGAAAUGCGUCCGCACAACUUCAAGCAGUGAACCUCCUCGGAGAAAUCAACGUCGAGUUGGGUGAUAUCGAUACUGCACGGGAAUACUUCCUCCAUGCCGUCGAGCAGGAUCCCACUGGGUCAAUACCGGAAUCCGAGGGCGGUGGUGCUGAGAAGUUCUUGUGGCUCGCUCAAUUGAGCGAGCAAGGUGGGGUGGACAGUGUCCAGUGGUACGAGAAGGGCGUUUCGUCUCUCAGGCAGACUCUUCAAGCCCUUGAAGGAAAGGCUGGGACGGAGGAUAUUGCCACUGCCGAGGAGAAGAAAGCCAAGUUGUCUAAUGCGCUCUGCGCCGUUGCGGAGAUCUAUAUGACCGAUCUUUCCUGGGAAGAAGAUGCAGAGUCACGAUGUGAAGCGCUUAUUACGGAGGCCCUGGCUGCCACACCUAACGCACCGGAGGUCCUGCAGACUUUCGCAUCCAUUCGGAUAUCACAACUGAAAACCGAGGAAGCUCAGGAAGCACUCAGACAAAGUAUUGGCCUGUGGAAGGAUUUGGCUCCCGAGGACCCUAAAGUGCCAGACUUCGCGGUGCGCAUUAGUCUUGCCCGUCUUCUGAUGGAGGUGACACUAGAGUUUGAGGCUCUGGAAGUCCUCGAGCGUCUGAUUCUCGAGGAUGAUCAAAGUGUGGAGGCGUGGUACCUCGGCGGUUGGUGUCUCUAUCUGCUGGCGGAGAAGCAACAAGCGCCGAAGGACAUUGCCGCUGAUGAAGCCGCUGAAUCGCCGCGGCACGCAUCUUUGCUUGCCAGUCGAGAGUGGCUCAAGCAGAGCUUGAAGCUUUACGAUCUUCUGGAGUACGAAGAUGAGCGUCUCCAAACCCACGCUCUGGAGCUGAUCCAAGGGAUGGUUGACGAAAUCGGGGAAGACAUGGAUGAUAGUGAGGCCGAGGGUGAAGGCGAAGACUGGGAUGAGGAGAUUGAGGCGGACUCUGAUGACGAAGAUCACGAAAUGGCCGACUCAUAG